AUGAGUGCUAUCGCUUUGGCUUCUCAGAUCUUCGGAUUCAUAUUCUUCCACAUCACUCUUGCAACUCUCAUCGGUGUCCAUCGAGAUCUUAUCUCAGCAAUGCAACAUGUCCACACCACAAUCCCAGUUAUGCUAGGAAAUCUUCAACAAGAGAUCGAAAUCGAAAAAUCUCUCAGGUAUCGAAAUUCGGGAAGGCGACCGAUAUUCAGUUUUCCGCUUCCCAUGAGAGAGCGACCGUGUAAACAUAGCGAGGUUGCUCAACUCUUAGAGAUCACUCAACAACCUGUGGCAGGAGUUCAAGAAUAUUGA